CCUUCGGAAGAGGAAGUAGCGGGGCGCGGAGAGCCGGCGGUGACCCGGGUAACAGCGGUGACCCAACGACGGGAAGGUUACGGCGGCGGGUAGCUGCCAGCCCCGACCGGAGUUGGCUUUUAGAAUCGGGGCCAGCAGCCCGGGACAGGAGUCAGAACUGUUUGGAUUCAGCACUGCGAUCCCAGCCAUGGGUUUGUCUGCAUCUACCCCAGCCGUUGCAGUUCAGACCCCAAAUGCUUCAGAUCAUCAGACAGCUUCCCCGCCUUCAGGAUGUCCAAUGCAUGAAGGGAACACGAAAGGCUGUCCAAUGAGCACAGAGCCAUCGGACUCAGCCUGUGGGAGCACAACGAACUCGGUGCCUGCACACCAGGAUCGCGCCUACGAGUACGUGCAGUGUCCCAUCACCGGCACGCUGGCUGAGAACAGGGACAAGCUGGAUCCCUCCAACCUGAUGCCACCACCUAAUCAGACGCCAGCCCCUGAUCAGCCGUUUGCACUAUCUACUGUGCGAGAGGAGUCGUCUAUCCCGAGGGCAGAUUCAGAUAAAAAGUGGGUUUAUCCUUCCGAGCAGAUGUUCUGGAAUGCGAUGUUAAGGAAAGGGUGGAAGUGGAAGGAUGAGGACAUUAGUCAGAAAGACAUGUACAACAUCAUCCGAAUUCACAACCAGAAUAACGAGCAGGCUUGGAAGGAGAUCUUGAAGUGGGAAGCCCUUCACGCCACGGAGUGUCCUUGCGGCCCGUCACUGCUCCGGUUUGGAGGGAAGGCGAAAGAGUAUUCACCAAGGGCAAGAAUUCGUUCCUGGAUGGGGUACGAGCUGCCUUUCGACAGGCACGAUUGGAUCGUCAACCGCUGUGGGACGGAAGUCAGAUACGUCAUCGACUACUACGACGGCGGCGCGGUCAACCAGGACUACCAGUUCACCAUCCUGGACGUCCGGCCCGCUUUGGAUUCGCUCUCGGCCGUGUGGGACAGGAUGAAGGUGGCCUGGUGGCGCUGGACUUCCUAACCACUGCUUUGGUAGAGAUGCAAAAACAGCAGCUAGUUUUUUGUUUCCUAAGCAAUACCUUAAACUCUUUCCCCCAAACUGAACAUCACUCGUGAUGCCGCGGGAACGGCAGGUGGCUCGUCACACCUCCACCUCGCUUAGCAAAGGCUGCCCCGCACUUGCUCUCCUGCGUUCCAUUUUCAUCUUGCACUUGACCAUUUUAAGUCCUCUUUCCACUUGGGGAGGGGAGAAGCACACCUUAGUUUUUCCUUUAACUGUAGUAUUUCCUGUGCAUUUCGCCUAGAAAAGUCUGAACAACCUCUGAGAAAGGACUCGGCUUCAAAUAUGAAGAGAGGUGCUUUUUCCCUUGUUCUUUUCUCAGGAGUACAGACACGUGGACCUGACAGCCCUUGGGAUGUGCUCAGGAGCUUUGACCUGGGCCAGUGGCAGGUGUUCUGUUAGGCUUUUUAAAAAGUGGCCAGCGCUGCUCAAGUUCCUACCGCAGAGCAGGGAUCCUGAAGAAAAAUGCAGCCGCACGCUGCCGAUGCCCUCGGCCCAACCCGAGGUGGAGCUUGGCUCUCCAGAUUCGUGCUGAUGUGAAUUUCUCAGACUGGGCCUUCUUAGAGAAUAGGGGCGGCUCCCUAUGAUGCAUGUGCAUGGGAGUCUGUGUUCUGACUUGAAGUAUUUUCGUUCUGAUUCCUGUGGUUCCGAUAGCGAGCUCUGCUCCCCGCAAGCAGGUCUCACUGUCCCUGGCAUGUGACAUCUUAUCCCAGCCUCGAGUCCCAUUCCUGCCCCUGCCCGAAGCCUUCCCUCUAGCCCGGUCUAAUCUGGACUUGGAAGGUCUGGCCGAAGUCACCAUGCUCGGGACCCAUCCCGCCCUAAAACACGAUUUGAUUCCGUUGGUUGUCGCAAUUCACAAAGAGAGUAUUUUUCCCCGGUGUAGAAUGUCUGUAUCAGCUCGCCGUCUCCAUUCAGAUUUGUUUUUGAAGGGAGCUCUACAUUUGCCAUUGAAAUUCUUUGUACCACUGGCCCAUCACAGCAGCAUGUUACAGGUGACUGUUGGUUGUUCUGAUUGAAGUUUUAAUAAUUGCUCUUUUCAUUUACCCUGAAUAUUAUAAUGUUAGGAGAUGGACUUAGCAGUCUGGAGCGAUUGAUUUGGCAUGAAUUUCUUUGUCUGUUGUGUGGAGUUUUAAAAACCCAAUCACCUUAAAUUCUAUGGUUCAAAAUAUUUGUGUAUUUUAAAAUAAAAUAAAGCUGAUAGUUAACAA